UUUCUCGCCAUUUGGUCGCUGCCCUCCACCUUCUCUCUCUCUCUCUCUCUCUCUAUAUAUAUAUAUAUAUUUAGCAACCCCCACCCCCACCCCCCUCCUCUCUUCAUUCUUCUUCACCCUGCUAAAACCCUUCAUCCAAUUCGCUGUAAAUUGAGAAUUAGGGGUGUUAGUUUAACAAGAACUUAAUUGUGUAGAUUGAGAAGAAUAAGAGGAUGGGUAGAGGGAAGAUUGAUAUAAAAUUGAUUGAGAAUAUAAACAACAGGCAAGUCACCUUCUCCAAACGCCGUGGCGGCUUGGUCAAGAAGGCAAGAGAGCUUUCUAUUCUAUGUGACGCUGAGGUCGCCGUCAUCGUCUUCUCCAGUACUGGCAAGCUUUUCGAGUUCUCUAGCAAAAGCAUGGAGCAAACACUUUCGAGGUAUAACAAACGUAUAAAGUCUUCAGGAAUGCCCCUUGUAGAAAAGAAGCCAAAGAAUCAGCAGCUAGAACACACGGAGGUGGAGGUUCUGAGUGAUGAAAUCUCAAAGCUUAAAUCAAAGCAGUUGCUAUUGUUGGGUAAGGAUCUUAAAGGUAUGGGCUUGAAUGAAUUACGGGAACUUGAGCAUCAACUGCAUGAAGGACUGGUGGGCAUAAAGAGUAGAAAGGAUCAAAUACUGAUGGAACAACUAGAGCACUCACGGAAACAGGAAGAGCUGGCUUUGCUGGAGAAUGAUCAACUGCGCAAAGAGAUAGAAGGAUUUCGAGGAUUUUAUUAUCCAUUAAGUGCUACUGUGCCAGCACCAUGCAUCGAAUUCUACCCUACUGAAAACAAUGUUUCCUCUGGAAAAGACGGUGUUGAGAGCCAGGACGACAUAGGGAGCGAUGGUGGGUUCGAGAAUGAGAAUUCUGAUACCACCUUGCAGUUGGGGCUUGCCACGGGUGGUUGUCAAAAGAGGAAGACGCCUGAACCCGAAACUCAUUCCACCAGUUCCGGGAGUCAUUUGGAAUUAAAGUGAUCAGCUUUCUUUCUGGUUUCUUCGUUUCUUCGUUUCUUCCCCAUUUUGCUACAGGCUUAAAGCUAGCCCGGGGAAGCGAAGUUGAUUUAGCGGAACAAUUUAUCGUGAAGAUCCAAGAAUGGGAAGAAAAAUAGUGUUUUAAUUUAGAUAAGUUGAGCAGGAAGGCAGUUUUCUGUUUUUGUACAUAGCUUUCUUCAACAGGGCUUUUGUGAAAUGUAGAAAAUCCAGUUUUCCUCAGCUGCUGCUGCAACUCUUUUUACUGCUUAAUGAAUUAGGUAAAUAUUAUUGGUAAUAGUUUAUUGUCACUUGGUA